GAGGUUGGGCGGUCCAAAUUUCUGGACAAGAAACAAAAUUACUACGGUUAGUGUCAGAAACUCUGACACCAUAGUAACCUCUCUUGUACCCAAAUUUAUCUGGAAAUUCUUACAGCAAAAUGUUGCGUUUAGUACUGCGAGUGCGGCCAUCUGUCUCUCUAGCUCGACCCAGUGUCUUAUCGGGCCCUACUGCUAGUUCUAGAUCUGGACCAGCGAGAAGUCAUCUCAAGAGAAACCAUUAUUCUGGUCCUGCUCGAAUAAGGACCGCAAGCAAUGGAAGAUAUUUUUACAACAGCAUCCUCAGCAACAGAACAUGUGUCCUGCAGCAAAACCAAACUGCAAGUAUUAGUUCAAGCAAACGACUUUACAGUUUACCACCUCAUCAGAAGGUUGAGCUUCCUGCUCUGUCACCCACAAUGCAGUUGGGAACCAUAGCCCGUUGGGAGAAGAAAGAGGGUGAUAAGAUCAACGAGGGUGACUUGAUCGCUGAGGUGGAAACAGACAAGGCCACAGUGGGAUUUGAGAUGCUGGAAGAGUGUUACCUGGCUAAGAUUCUGGUGCCAGAGGGGACAAGAGAUGUGCCCAUAGGAGCAGUUAUCUGUAUCACUGUGGACAGCGCUGACCUCAUCCCUGCGUUUAAGGACGUCACCUUAGACUCAUUGGCUGCUGCUGCUCCAUCUGCUGCUGCUGCAGCACCUCCUCCUCCAUCUCCACCACCUGCUGCUGCUCCCACCCAGGCUCCUGGCAGCUCCUACCCACCUCACAUGAAGGUGCUGCUCCCAGCUCUCUCUCCCACCAUGACUAUGGGCACAGUCCAGCGCUGGGAGAAGAAGGUGGGAGAGAAGUUGAGUGAGGGGGACCUGUUGGCUGAGAUUGAGACAGACAAAGCUACCAUCGGGUUUGAGGUACAAGAGGAGGGUUACCUGGCAAAGAUCAUGAUUGCUGAGGGAACGAGGGAUGUGCCCCUGGGUACUCCUCUCUGCAUCAUCGUGGAGAAAGAGGAGGACAUCAAAGCCUUCGCCGAUUAUGUGGAAACAGGAGUAGUGUCCACUCCUCCCCCAGCACCCACACCGGUGGCGCCACCUCCACCUGCGGCAGCGCCUGCUGCUCCCACCCCAGCUCCAGCUGCACCUGCUGCUCCUGCUGCACCCAGGAAGGGGAGAGUGUUUGCCAGCCCUCUGGCUAAGAAACUAGCAGCAGAGAAGGGCAUUGAUCUUGGCCAGGUCACCGGCACUGGACCAGACGGCAGGGUCACAAGGAAAGACAUUGAGUCGUUUGUCCCCCCCAAGGCUGCACUGGCUCCGCCUGCUGCUGCACCUACACCCAGCGCUCCACCUGCAGCCGCUCCAGCCGUCGGCGCCGUGCCAACGGGCACCUUCACGGACAUCCCCAUCAGCAACAUCCGCAGAGUUAUUGCUCAGAGGCUGAUGCAGUCGAAGCAGACGAUCCCACAUUACUAUUUGUCUGUUGAUGUGAAAAUGGACCAAGUUCUGGAGCUCAGGAGAGAACUCAAUGAGGAAUUAAAAUCCAAAAAUAUCAAACUGUCAGUCAAUGAUUUCAUCAUUAAGGCUUCGGCGUUGGCAUGUCUGGAGGUGCCUGAGGCAAACUCUUCGUGGAUGGACACAGUGAUCCGACAAAACCACGUGGUGGACGUCAGCGUCGCCGUUAGCACGGCCAACGGCCUCAUCACUCCUAUAGUUUUCAAUGCCCACAUUAAGGGCCUGGCAGCCAUCAGCACAGACGUGGCCACCCUGGCUGCCAAAGCACGCGAGGGCAAACUGCAGCCGCACGAAUUCCAGGGUGGUACGUUCACAAUCUCCAAUUUGGGCAUGUUCGGCAUCAAGAAUUUCUCAGCCAUUAUCAACCCCCCUCAGGCCUGCAUUCUGGCCGUGGGAGGCUCAGAGAAGAGGCUGCUGCCUGCAGACAAUGAGAAAGGGUUUGACGUGGCCAACAUGAUGUCAGUGACUCUGAGCUGCGACCACAGGGUUGUGGACGGAGCGGUGGGCGCCCAGUGGCUGGCCCAGUUCCGCAGGCUCCUAGAGAAACCUGUCACCAUGCUCCUCUAGCCCAAUCAGGUCCGCACCCAUUAACCCACAUUAACACGGAGGACUUCCAGACCGCACUCCAAGGUCUCACUCUCCUCCUUUAGAAUUAUGCUAGACUCUAUCUCUUCCUCUUUUCCCUCCCGGUUCUUUCUCUAAAUUGCAUUCGCCCAUACUGUAUCUACAGAGAUGUGAUGUACCAAGGCCCAGAUAACCCUCUCAGUCAGAAAGAUGUUGUUUUAGGUCAAUUAGUAGUGUUUGACAUCUGAUGGUGUUGAUUGACGUGGCAUUCUUUUUCUGUCAGGACAUUGUUACAUGCAGCGCUAAAUGUUCGUUAGCGAUGAGAAUAGGGGAUAAAGAGACUGUCGGAAGUCUCCUUACAUCAUCCACCAUGUCCUGGAUCCUCUUUCUGCUCUCUCACUGUAUGUGUAAAGCAGUUAGCGACUUAAGAGAGAUUUUGGCGAAGACCACGGUAUUAUUUGAACGUUUCCAAAGAGAGAUAGUAUCGUACAAGACUUGAUGUUGGGCUUGUAUGUGUAAACUCAUCCAGUGACAUGUUUCUUCUUGAAUAAUUUUAAGGGAUAAAAUAUCUUUAUGUAGAGGGAUGGAGUAUGUUAUGAGAGUUAUAUUUUUUUCUGAUGGUCCUCUGUACGCACAGCACUUGCUCCAUAGAGCGUUAUCAAAGUGA